GCGUCUGCGCGCGCGCGCUGCUCAGCCAGGUCCCCGCCCCCCGCACGCCGGGCUCCCGGGGCACCACCGACAUGUGCUCGUUAGCGUCGGGCGCUACCGGCGGCCGGGGCGCUGUGGAGGAUGAGCGAGAGCCGCCCGACCUGUCCGACAGCGGUGACGAGGCCGCCUGGGAGGAGGAGGACGAGGCGGAGCUCCCCCACGACAAGCAGCAGACCCCCUGCCUGUUCUGUGACAGGUUAUUUACAUCUGCUGAAGAAACAUUUUCACACUGUAAAUCUGAGCAUCAAUUUAAUAUUGAUACCAUGGUCCAUAAACAUGGACUUGAAUUCUAUGGAUACAUUAAACUAAUAAAUUUUAUUAGACUUAAGAAUCCUACAGUUGAGUAUAUGAAUUCCAUAUACAAUCCAGUGCCUUGGGAAAAAGAAGAGUAUUUGAAGCCCGUUUUAGAAGAUGACCUUUUACUUCAGUUUGAUGUAGAAGAUCUUUAUGAACCAGUGUCAGUCCCAUUCUCAUUCCCCAAUGGACUCAGUGAAAAUACCUCUGUUGUUGAAAAAUUGAAACAUAUGGAAGCCAGGGCACUGUCUGCUGAAGCUGCAUUAGCUAGAGCUCGUGAGGAUCUACAAAAAAUGAGACAAUUUGCUCAGGAUUUUGUGAUGAACGAUGUCAGAACCUGGUCAGCAUCUACUACUGCCAUUGCAGACCUCCAGGAGGAUGAGGAUGGUGUUUAUUUCAGCUCAUACGGGCAUUAUGGGAUACAUGAAGAAAUGCUAAAGGACAAAAUACGAACAGAAAGUUACCGAGAUUUUAUAUACCAAAAUCCACAUAUCUUCAAAGACAAGGUAGUUUUGGAUGUUGGUUGUGGAACUGGAAUUCUGUCGAUGUUUGCUGCUAAAGCUGGGGCAAGGAAGGUUUUUGGUGUUGAUCAGUCUGAAAUCCUUUACCAGGCAAUGGAUAUCAUAAGACUAAAUAGACUUGAAGAUACUAUCAUACUAAUUAAAGGAAGGAUUGAAGAAGUUCGUCUUCCUGUAGAAAAAGUGGAUGUUAUUAUAUCCGAGUGGAUGGGCUAUUUUCUUCUUUUUGAAUCUAUGUUAGAUUCUGUUCUUUAUGCAAAGAACAAAUACUUGGCAAAAGGAGGAUCGGUCUACCCUGAUAUUUGCACUAUCAGCGUUGUGGCAGUAAGCGAUGUGACUAAACAUGCUGAUAGAAUUGCUUUUUGGGAUGAUGUCUAUGGCUUCAACAUGUCCUGCAUGAAGAAGGCAGUUAUUCCAGAAGCUGUUGUGGAAGUUUUAGAUCCAAAGACUCUUAUUUCAGACCCUUGUAGUAUUAAGCAUAUAGAUUGCCAUAAGACGUCUGUUUCGGAUUUGGAGUUUUCUUCAGAUUUUACCCUGAAAAUCACAAAGACAUCCUUGUGCACGGCAAUUGCUGGCUACUUUGAUAUAUAUUUUGAGAAGAAUUGUCACAAGCGGGUUGUGUUCUCUACUGGCCCCCAGAGUACCGAAACACACUGGAAACAAACAAUAUUUCUAUUGGAAAAGCCAUUUUCAAUUAAAGCAGGUGAAUCCUUGAAAGGACAGAUCACAGUCCACAAGAAUAAGAAAGAUCCACGUUCUCUCAUUGUGACCCUCACAUUGAAUAAUUCAACUCAAACUUACAGUCUCCAGUGAAAAAGCCACAAAAGCACAACUAACUUGCAGUUUUUAUUGUGGAAGUGGGUGGAGGGGGAGGGGUUUUAUGUGAGCACAUGGAAGAUGGAUCUUUUUCGAAUGAGUUUCUUCAGUAGAAUUGUGGUAGGAAUCCAUUGUAAUUCAGCUAAGGAGGGGAAUCCACUGGUCCUAGUGGUCCACCUUCAUAAUCAUAUUUUUGGAAGUCUGGUUGGUGAGAUUUGACCAUAUCUAACCCCUACAUUGCAUUUAGUUAUAUUGAAAAUCAUUUCAAUUGGCCUAAAUACAGAAUAUAGUUUUUUGUUGUUUUUAAAAAAUUUCCUACUGUAAAUAUUAAACGCUAGUAAUUAGUUAUUUAGAUAAUAUUUUAUUAAACUAGUAAUUGUACACAAGGCAUUGCACAUUUUAUUGCAGCUUUCUUCUCUGGGGAGGAAGAGUUUUUAAUUGUAUUAUUUGGUAGAAUAUCAGGAUAUAAUAGAUUAAAGACCAAGUGUAAGGGGCUAAAAUAUGUAAAAGCAUCACAUAAAUCAUAUUUGAAGACAGCUUAGUUGAUUACUCUGUAGUUCUCAUUUUGUAGCUUCUCUCUUUGCACAUAUUCUUUAGCCAUUUAAUUUUCUAGUAUUGCCCAGGAAAUCUAAUUUUAAUAUG